AUGGUCUUGUUUGGAAACAAACUGCGUGACCGCGGAGUGCUCACCCUGCUGAGCGGAGUCGCUGAGCUGCAGGAGCACACGGCGAGAGCCGCCGCCGCCGCCGCCAACCAGCAGGCCACGCUCCUCCCACUGGAGCCGAACGAGCUUCCGCAACUGCCCACCGGGUGGAGCUCUUUGCGACUUUUCGCCCUUUCAGAACUGGACGUCGGAGGGAACGGCUUGAGCGGCGACGGCGUCAAAGCGCUGGCGUCGUACAUGAGGCACCACUCGCGGCUCCGGUACCUGGGGCUGGCGCAGACCGCCGCCGCCGACCUGGCGGCGUGGAAGGAGCUCUUCGACAGCCUCAGGGGGAGCUGCUCGCUGACUCAGAUCAUCCUAGACGAGAACAAUCUGGGAGACCCGGGAGUCGGGCUGCUGGCCGACGCGCUGAGGGAGAACGCCAGUCUGCGGGAGGUGGACCUGGACCGGAACGGCGUCAGCGACGUGGGAGGAAACGACAUCGCGGGGGCGCUGCGUUGCAGGACGCUGCGUUGCCCACUGACGCACCUGAGCCUCCAGGAGAACGACAUCAGCGCAGGACUCAUGCGAAGGAUUCAGGAGGAGUGCGAGGGGACAAAAUCCACAAGUAACAUUAAAGUACCCACAGAGGACCUGAACAUCGGCCUCUCCCCGGGCCUCAAGGGCACGGUGGACUUCCCCUCCAGGAGGAUUCUGAUCCUUUGGACCGUCCUCUGCUGCGCCUGCUCUCUGCGGCUAGCACAAGCUCAAGAUGUGGACGUUCUGCAGCAGCUCGGGCUUUCCGGGCGAAGGCCCGGCGGCUCGUCAACCUCGAGCAAUCGCCCCGUCCCCAACGGCGUCAUCCCCUUCAAGUCCGGCGUCAUCCUCACCCCGAGGGCCCGCCUCCAGGCGCCCCUGCGCGCCGUCCUCCCGGCGUCGUGCAGCCCCGCCAACCUCUCCCUGAUCCUCGGCCUGUCCGUUCACCGGGUCAACGGCGCCUUCCUCUUCUCGGCCCUGUCGACGGAAGGGAAGGUGCAGCUCGGCGUGCAGUUCUUGCGGGGAAAGGUCCUGGUGCGCGUCGGGCAGAGGAGCUCGGUGGUCUUCGACUACGACGUCCAGGACGGCCGGUGGCACAGUCUCGCUGUGGGCAUCCAGGGCCGCCGGGUGUCCCUGCACACUUCCUGCGGGGAGCGAGUUACCCACCUGGAUUUGCGCUCCAGAAAGGAGGAGGCUCUGGAUGCGGAGGGCUCCUUCCUGCUGGGCAAAAUGAACCACAACUCGGUGGCGUUCGAAGGCGCCAUCUGCCAGUUCGACAUCUAUCCGUCCGCCGAGGCGGCUCAUAACUAUUGCGAUUACAUUAAGAAGCAGUGCAGAGAAGCCGACACGUAUCGGCCCGCGCUUCCACCCAUGCUGCCUGUCAUUUCCAUCGGGGCCCCUUUUCCGACUCAACCGGCGUCGAUGGAAAUGUCCAAAAGGGCCGAUGGCCCGUCGACGACGAGCGCGGCAUCCACCCGCCUAAAGCCCGGUGCCGUGCUUGUUUCUGGGUCGGUUCCCCCGGGGUCGGCCAGUCCAGCGGACUUUCGUACCAGCGGGACGCCGGCGGAGCCCGAACCGACUUCCGCCGGCAGUGACGUGAGCGCCACAGGGCGAAGAGACGCUGAUUCGCCGAAGCCUUCCGCCGGAGUAACGGAUUUACCUUCUUCUUCCGCCCGACCCGCCAACGCGCUGCAGCCGGACCCUCCGGCCACCGGAGCUCCAACGACCCCCGAGCCGAAAGUGAGCAGUGUCCAGGAUGUCGAGGCCACUUCACCUCUUCCUGUCAUCACCGCGGCAACGGAAGUCCUCCAAAUGUUCCUCCUGGAAUCGACCGCCUUCUCGCUGCUGGAUGGACCGCCUGGACUAAAGGGAGAACCAGGACCCGCGGGCCUUCAAGGACUUCAAGGGUUGCCAGGAAAGCCGGGGAAGAGGGGUCCCAGGGGUCCCCCGGGACCUCACGGAAACCCCGGUCCUCCCGGAACUCCUGGAGCGAAGGGACAAAAAGGAGAUUACGGACAGUCACCUGGUCACGCCCCAAAAGGACUCAAAGGAGAGCCCGGUGCCGUCGGCCCCCCUGGACUGUACGGCCAAGAUGGACGCGAGGGGCAUAAAGGUCAUCCCGGUCCUGUUGGUCUGCCAGGGGAACCUGGUGAGUGGGGAGAUGAUGGAAGCCCCGGGGCCAAAGGCUAUCCUGGCAGGCAGGGUUUACCCGGGCCUGUGGGGAAAAUGGGGCCGAAGGGAAUUGCGGGUCACAUAGGUCUCCUCGGGCGCUUCGGCCUCCCUGGUCCUGACGGUGAGAGAGGAAUUCCUGGCGGUCAUGGGAAGAAGGGCAAGAUGGGUAGGCCGGGGUUUUCCGGUGACUUCGGAGAGAGAGGACCCCCCGGCCCUGACGGGAUGCCAGGUGAGCUGGGCUCUCCGGGUCCAUGCGGAGUCACCGGUCUUAUUGGAGACGUGGGCGCCGCUGGCUUCAUGGGCACACCAGGAAUACCAGGACUCAAGGGAGCACCUGGGAACCCUGGGGAACCAGGACUGAAAGGUGAUAAGGGGGAUGAUGGCAUAGCGGGGGAGCCGGGGGAGAGCGGAUUCCAAGGGGACAAGGGUAUGCGCGGUUCGCCCGGGUUGCUGGGUCCUUCUGGAAAACCCGGACUACAGGGCAAACCCGGUGAAAAGGGCCCGGAUGGUUCGCCAGGUCCUCCUGGCCCAGAGGGUUUCCCGGGCGACAUCGGCCCGCCAGGACAAAAUGGCCCCGAGGGACCCAAGGGGAAGCAAGGGACCCGAGGUUUUCCCGGUCCAAUAGGAACACUCGGCCUUCAGGGCGACGAGGGAGCGGUCGGCCUCGCUGGACCCGCUGGACUCGAGGGCAGGCCUGGGAGGCAGGGAUUCCCCGGACUGACGGGCCCAGACGGACUCAAGGGCGAGACCGGGAUGACUGGCGAGGGUGGACAAGUUGGCGAGAGGGGUCUGCCGGCCUUCGUCGGGCCUGUCGGAGAGACCGGCGUCGCGGGAGAAAAGGGGAAUCGCGGCGAAACCGGCGGCCCCGGGCCGGCAGGUGAAACGGGGGCGAUGGGUCACACCGGAGUACCUGGGGAGGCGGGACCACCUGGACUGCAAGGGAUCCCGGGGCCCCCCGGUUCACCUGGAUCCAUCGGGAUCAGAGGAACCAAAGGCAGCGGUGGCCCGAGGGGUCCUGAUGGGCCGCCGGGGGCCAAGGGCUCCACUGGAGUAAAGGGCUCCGACGGACCACCAGGAAGAUUGGGCCUCCCCGGGUAUGAAGGAAAGCUCGGCGCGCCGGGUGAAGCGGGGCCAAAGGGAUUUCCAGGUGUCCAAGGCCCCUCUGGACCUCCGGGGGCCAAAGGAAUCGCAGGAGAGCCGGGAGCAGCGGGGCCGCCGGGAGCGCUCGGGCCGCUCGGGCCGACGGGUCCGUGGGGGCCGCUGGGGAGGGCCGGAGACAGCGGACUGCCCGGCGAACGGGAAAAAAAGUGGCAGGGCGACGUCGGCCCAACAGGAAACCUCGGGGAGCCGGGUCUGAUUGGCCAGAGAGGUGAGGCAGGCGUUGAUGGAGAGGCCGGACUAAGUGGACCUGAUGGAGCCAAGGGCGACCAGGGCGAUGCUGGUCAGGAAGGCGCUGGAGGCGAACGGGGCGAAAUGGGUCUGCGAGGAGACGACGGGGCUGCCGGGCCUCCCGGAUUGGUCGGCGUCAGGGGUCAGGAAGGUAAACCCGGCGUUGUUGGUGAACGAGGAAAACCGGGAGAAAAGGGGAGCGACGGUCUCCAAGGUCCCCUGGGUGAGUCGGGGCCGGCGGGUGAGCAGGGGGGGACGGGGUGUGUCGGCCUGAAGGGAGCGAGAGGAACCAUCGGGCCGGGGGGUGCCCCGGGGAGAAUGGGCCAACAGGGGGAUGGAGGCCUAUCGGGUUACCAGGGUCACGGGGGAUGGCAGGGCCUCCUGGGACCUCCUGGGCCUAAAGGUGAAAAGGGCGAACAGGGAGACGACAGCAGAGUCGAAGGUCCAGCAGGUCCCCGAGGUGACAGAGGUCCUCCUGGGAGCAGAGGAGAGAGAGGAGAGCCAGGUGAUCACGGACACAUUGGUCUAACGGGCGUGGAUGGAAAGCGAGGCGAAGCUGGUGCCUCUGGGCUUCCUGGACACCCGGGGCCGAAGGGACGACCGGGCCUGAAAGGAUCCAAAGGUGAACAAGGUCAGAAAGGAAAGUCGGGGGCGAGAGGUUCAUCUGGGACCAAAGGACCACCAGGUCCGGAGGGUCCGCUCGGCCCCCGGGGAGUGGCGGGCAGGGAGGGGCUUGAGGGCCUGUGCGGCUUGGACGGACUGCCCGGCAAAGAUGGAACCAAAGGAGUCCAGGGGGAGCAAGGAGAAGACGGAGAGGUGGGCUUACAUGGCAAACCUGGGCAGCGGGGCACAACUGGCGAGACGGGGCUUCCUGGAAGUCAAGGCUCCUUUGGACCAAAGGGUGAGGGGGGCGUUCGAGGCCAAACUGGUGCUCCAGGGAAAAGGGGCUCUAUUGGCGGGACGGGAUUGCCAGGGCAACCAGGAGAGCGGGGACACGGAGGCCAACCGGGGGACGCUGGGGAAAGAGGAUUUCCAGGGGUGCUCGGUCUGUUUGGACCAAAGGGACCCCUGGGAGACCUCGGCCCAGCAGGGAUUCAGGGACCAAAAGGACCACGUGGCUUGCUGGGAACGGAGGGGGCCGCGGGCCCCGUCGGCAUCAUUGGCCCCAGCGGUCAUCCCGGAGCCGUGGGUGACAAAGGAAGUCGGGGGGAGACGGGGCUGCCAGGACCAAUGGGAUUUCGUGGCCCUCGUGGACCACCGGGACCACCAGGUCUUCCCAGUUCCUCGCUCUUACUUAGAAACGAGGCUCUUGGUGCCGCCUUUCAAGUCUUCAUCGAUCGGCCCGAGCAGACCCAUCAGAGCACGGACCUGCUCAUGUUGGACCAAGGCACGGAGAUCCUCAAGACCCUGCAGCAUCUCAGCACUCUGAUCCAGAGUCUGAAGAACCCGCUGGGUAACCGCGACAACCCCGCGCGCAUCUGCCGGGACCUGCACAGCUGUGAACAGAGGAUGCACGACGGGACCUACUGGAUCGAUCCCAACCUCGGCUGUGCUGCUGACACCAUUGAGGUGAUGUGCAACUUCACCGGGGUAGGACAGACGUGUCUGAAGCCCAUCACGGUGUCCAAGCUGGAGAUGGCCGCCGGCCGCAUCCAGAUGAACUUCAUCCACCUGCUGAGCACCGAGGCCGUGCAGCGCAUCACCGUGCACUGCCUCAACACGCCCGUGUGGGCGGCGGGGCCCUCGCUGCAGCCGUCACCCCGGGCCGUGAGCUUCAGGGCCUGGACGGGGGAGACCAUUCAGGCCGGCGACCUCCUGGAGCCGCUCGUCCUGCGGGACGACUGCUGGAUCAAAGAUGGCCGCUGGCAUCAGACCCACUUCGUCUUCCAGACCCAGGACCCCAACUUACUCCCCAUCGUGGACGUGUACAACCUCGCGGUCAGAGAACGCGGCGCGCGCUUUCACCUGGAGGUCGGACCCGUGUGCUUCUUAUAGGCCCCUGCGUCGGGGUGGGGGGGGGGGGGUUGGCCGUGGAGGAAGGUGGACAGGGGAGGCAAAUGGUUUCCACGGCAACAGACCACGAAAUAUGCUUGGACUGCAGAAACAAGGAGGGGGCACCGGAGAAAGAAGGCCCAGAGAUAAGACUUCUAGCACUAAAUCAACCUUUGGAAAAUAAUCUUCUUUUUUUCAUUUUUAUUUUCAGAGACUGGUUUUGUGCGUUUUCCUUUCGGGAAGGAAGUAACACCAACGUCUCGUUGUAUCAUAUUUAUGUUGUAUCAUCUAUGUUGUAUCAUAUUUUCUUCACGGGCUGUGACCCGAUUUAGCAGAAGAGCGAUCUGUACAUAAAUGGGACAGUUACAUCGGCAAAUGCAAAAAUUCCUAUUUCAAAGUUUAUGUAUUAUUUAUACAUGUAUAUGUACUGUACAUUGUAAUAUGAAGUGCAAUAGUUAUUUGUCCACAGCCUCUGGGCGCGCACGUUAUAAACAGAACAUCACUCAUUCAGGUCUGCAGUGUGCCUCAGACACGCUGACUCCGGGUCAGUCUCUCUGACGCUACCUCGCCCUGCACCGCUCAUCUCGCAGCAAUCAGGGGAGACACAGGGGGAGGGAGACAAAGGGGGAGGGAGACACCGCACGCUACAAUCGCCGACACUCGCCGAGCCGGCUCUGUGCUUCAUGAGGAAAACCAAAAGGGAAGAUUGUAAAUUAUAAGACUCAGCCCAAAUUCAUUAAAUUAUAUUUUCAUGGUAUUAUUUUCAAUAUUCUUUGUUCUGUCUGACACGAGACGUUAGGUUUUCAAAUUUGUCAAAAUGGAAAUGUCUAUAAUUAUGCCACCUUUUUGUUAUCUACAGAGGAUUCUAUUUAGUUUUCUAGUUCUAAACCAGACAUCGGUGUCAUAAAAGGUCAUUUUAGAGCAUUAUGGAUUUUUUUUAUUAAUCUGUCUGACAAUCAACUGUAUUUUUGGAAAUCUCCCUCUGGAUUAUUUACUGUUCUGUGCAACAAUUGCGACUGGUUCUGCCAAUCUAUCAACUCAGAGGAUUUUAUUACUACACAUAAAGUGGUUGGUGCCGGAGCGCUCAGCGUUUAAUCUGUGUGGACAUUUUAUGCUGUGUGAAUGAAGUAGUGACUCAACAAGUAAUUCAAUAAAAGUCAGAAACCUUUUGAUGAUAA